AUGAAGUCUUACUCUUUCGAAAUUGGUCCUGAACAACCUAAUGGUGGACGCAUUAGACGCAGUACUAACGCUGUCGAUGGACUUAUCCGAGGCCCCGACAAGAAUGUCCAUACCCUUUACGACGUACUCCAGUAUGCAGUCAAAAAAUAUGGCGAUGCCGAUGCAUUUGGCUACCGCAAACUCGAAGCAGUGGUCGAAGAAGAAAAACAGGUUACCAAGUUUAUCGACGGUGUCGAAACCAAGGAAACCAAGAUCUGGAAGUACUUCCAAUACUCCGGAUACUACUACAUGUCCUACAAGGAAGCCUCUCGCAAAGCCCACGAUAUCGGUGCUGGUCUCUACUAUCUUGGCAUGAGAGAAAAAUCCAAAAUUGAGAUCUUUGCUCCCACAAGUCUCAAUUGGAUCGUUGCUUCCCAUAGUGCUUUUACCCAAAACAUGUCUAUCGUUACUGCCUACGACACCCUGGGUGAAGAGGGCUUGUUGCACUCUAUGAACGAAACCGAAGUCGAGGCCAUCUACACCUCGACCGAACUCUUGGGUACUGUUGCCAAGGUUGCCGUCAAGUGCCCUACACUCAAGAUCAUUAUGUACAGCGGCGAGGCUACUCCUGAAGCCAUCGAGAAAGCCAAGGUCGGCAACGUCGAGCAAGUUCUUUCGAUGGACGAAAUUGCUGCCUAUGGUCGUGCAAACCCUAGAGAAGCUCGUGAACCUGAACCCGAAGAUAUCUGCUGUAUCAUGUACACUUCCGGAAGUACUGGUAACCCAAAGGGUGUCAUUCUGUCUCACAAGAACAUUGCCUCUGCUGUUGGCUCUACACACGAGCAAUUGCAUAGUUAUGUCUCUCCUCGCGAUAGUAUGAUGGCCUACCUUCCUCUUGCCCACGUAUUCGAGUUUGUUACCGAGCACGCCUGUAUCUUCUGGGGUGUCACUCUUGGUUACGGCUCUCCUCGAACUCUGACCGACGCCUCUGUCCGCAACUGCAAGGGCGACAUCAAGGAAUUCCGUCCCACUCUCAUGACCGGUGUUCCGGCUGUCUGGGAAUCGAUUCGCAAAGGUGUGCUUGCCAAGAUCAACGAGUCAUCGCCCAAUGUCCAAAAGGUGUUCUACAAGGCAUUUGCUGCCAAAGCCUGGUUGCAGGAGCACCACUACCCCACAUACCUCCUCGACACUGCCGUCUUCAACAAGAUCAAGGAUCAGGUCGGUGGUCGCCUCAGAGUCGCCAUCUCUGGCGGUGCGCCCAUGUCUAUUGAGACCCAGCGAUUCCUGUCGGUCACCGUGUGCCCUGUCUUGGCCGGCUACGGUAUGACCGAGAGCUGCAGUAUGACUACCCUGAUGGUCCCUGAGCUCUAUAGCGUUGGCAAUGUCGGUGGUCCUCAACCCUGCGCCGAAAUCAAGCUUGUCGAUGUGCCUGAUGCUGGAUACCUUUCGAGCAACUCCCCUAAGCCCCAGGGUGAGGUCUGGAUGCGUGGCCCUAGUGUGACAAAGGGUUACUGGAAGCGUGAGGAUGCAACCCGAGAGGCAUUUAGUGACGACGGAUGGUUGAUGACUGGUGAUAUUGGAGAGUGGAACGAGGAUGGCAGUCUGAGUGUGAUCGAUCGCAAGAAGAAUCUGGUCAAGCUCAGUAACGGCGAGUACAUUGCUCUCGAGAAGAUGGAGUCGAUCUACAAGAGUUGUCUCUAUAUUGGAAACAUUUGUGUCUGUGCUGAUUCUUUGCUUCCUCGUGCCAUUGCGCUGGUCGUACCACUCGAGCCUGCGAUCCGUAAGAUGGCCAGACAAAAGGGCGUGGAAACCAAUGACUGGGAGGAAUUGUGUACAAACGAAGUCGUCAAGAAGGCCGUCCUGUCUGCACUGAAUGCCCAGGCCAAGAGCGGAGGUCUCAAGGGUGCCGAGUUGCUGUUUGACAUUCACAUUGUCAGCGAUGAGUGGACUAUCGAAUCUGGUCUGUUGACUGCCGCACAGAAGCUGAAGAGACAGGAUAUUGGCAAGAGAUAUAAGGCUGAGAUUGAUGAAGUCAAUUCCAAGCAGAUCAAGUAA